CGCGCAGGCGUAUAGGAUCCUUUCCUCAGCUGCCGCCAAGGUGCUCGGUUCUUCCGAGGAGGCUAAGGCCGCGUUGGGGUGAGGCCCUCACUUCAUCCGGCGACUAGCACCGUGCCGGCAGUCCACAACAUGGCUUCUGUCUCCGAGCUCGCCUGCAUCUACUCCGCCCUCAUCCUGCACGACGACGAGGUGACGGUCACGGAGGAUAAGAUCAAUGCCCUCAUUAAAGCAGCGGGUGUCAAUGUUGAACCUUUCUGGCCUGGCUUGUUUGCAAAGGCCCUGGCCCAUGUCAACAUUGGGAGUCUCAUCUGCAAUGUAGGGGCUGGUGGGCCGGCUCCAGCGGCUGGAGCUGCGCCUGCUGGUGGCCCUGCUCCAUCUACUGCUGCUGCCCCGGCUGAGGAGAAGAAAGUGGAAGCAAAGAAGGAAGAGUCCGAGGAGUCGGAGGAUGACAUGGGCUUUGGUCUUUUUGACUAAACUGCAUUUGUUAACAUGUCCAAUAAAGUGCUGAACCUGUA